AUGGAAGAGAAGUGUGAAAUUGCGAAAGAUAUAACUGAACUAAUAGGUAACACCCCGAUGGUUUAUCUGAACAACGUUGUAGACGGUUGCGUGGCUCGUAUUGCUGCAAAACUGGAGAUGAUGGAGCCCUGCUCAAGUGUUAAAGACAGGAUUGCUUAUAGUAUGAUCAAAGAUGCAGAAGAGAAGGGUCAAAUUUCCCCUGGGAAGACUGUCCUUGUUGAAGUCACCAGUGGUAAUACAGGCAUUGGUCUUGCGUCUAUUGCUGCAGCUAGGGGCUAUAAACUCGUUAUAGUUAUGCCACAUACAUAUAGUCUCGAAAGAAGGAUUGUUCUCCGAGCAUUUGGAGCUGAUUUGCACAUCACUGAUACAGCCAAGGGCAUUGAUGGUGUUAUUCAGAAGGCUCUAGAGAUAGUUGAAAAGACACCGAAUAGUUUUUUUCUCAAACAAUAUGACAAUCCUGCCAAUCCACAGAUUCACUAUCAAACUACCGGACCAGAAAUAUGGGAGAGCUCUGAAGGUAAAGUCGAUGCAUUUGUUGCUGGAAUUGGGACGGGAGGAACGGUCACUGGUGUAGGGAAGUUCCUCAAGGAGAAAAAUCCUAAGAUUAAGGUAUAUGGUAUAGAACCUGCCGAAAGUGCAAUUUUAAGUGGAGGAAAACCAGGACCACAUAAUAUCCAAGGCAUCGGUGCUGGUUUCAUUCCUCCUGUUCUGGACCUCAACAUUCUUGAUGAAAUAAUUCAAGUUACUAGUGAAGAAGCUAUUGAAAUGACAAAAUGUCUCGCAUUGAAGGAAGGCUUGCUGGUCGGUAUUUCAUCUGGUGCAGCAGCAGUUGUUGCAGUAAAAUUAGCAAAGAGAGUCGAAAAUGCUGGAAAACUCAUUGUUGUUGUUUUCCCGAGCUUUGGGGAACGUUAUCUUUCGACCAUACUGUUUGAUUCCUUGCGCGAAGAGGCAGAGAACAUGACAUUUGAUUAG